ACAUUAAAUUCAUAUAUUUUAAAUGAUUCUCACCUUACGUCAAUCGGAAUUCUAUAAUGAAGGUGCAACAGAGAUAACACUUUUUUUCGAUAUGAUAGUGUAAGUGUAAAUCAAGUAGUGAAUGUAAAAUUAAAAUAGUUGACGUCGAAUGUUUGUAGGUGCAUGUCAAACUGUCAAAACAAAAAUCGGAUUAUUUCGGUCGCUUAAUUUUUCAAUAACUUUAUAAACGAUAAUUAACAUGUGAUAAGUGGAAGUUAAGUUUACAGUGGGAUUCGUUUUUAUCUGUGUUGUUUAUUUAUCAUAACAAGGAAACUGUUUCAUUGAAAGUUCAUUCGUCAAGAUAAUGUUCAACUUUAUAAAGAAAGCUACCGUUCCCGGAGUGACCUCGGACAAAGACGAUAAAGAAAAGAGGAAACGGGACAAAAAGGACCGGAAAGAAAAACAAAAACGCGAACGUGCUAAUAUGUCCGCCGAAGAACUUUUAAGAUUGGACGAGGUUAGGCGAUCUUUGAAAAUUAGAGGUCGACGAAAGGAUAAAGAAAAACUUCCUUCCGGCAUAACUGCGGAUUAUACUGCCGAUUUUCUUGCAAGUUUAGAACGUACAGAUUCUCCAAUAUCAACUAUCCCCGGAUCACCUCACCCGUCAACAAAUCAUACCCAUGAAGGUUACACGCAAUCUGACAGUUCCGAAACGAGUCUUAACUCUCUUCAGAACCACCACAACAACGUACCGCCGUUACCUCCUAAACCUCCUAAAAGAGGAAUCCUCAAAACGCCAAAGGUUAGCAUAACUCACGACAGUCCACAAGAAGUUGAAACCAACGGUUACGAUUCAACAGAUAAUCAUUCCAAUUUAGUUAGAAACACCCUUCAAAAUGAACUGAUUACUUACCAAAAUUUACCCACGCAAAAUGGCGUUAACGGUAAAAAUAUGGGUUCGCAACUAUUGGUGAUAACGUCAACAUCACCGAGUGCCGAUAGUUUGACAGAUACGACGAAUUCAUCAUUCGCCACACCGCCGUUUUCUCUAAGUCCCGUGGGAGAAUCUCAAGGUUUCCACAGAUGGUCGAGAACAGCCAAUUUCGAUGACAUCAAUCUCCCUCUACCUGAUAUCGUACCUUUAGUAUUACCCAAACCGCGCACCCUUACGAUACAAAGACAAAAACCGCCUCGGAACGAUUUCGGUUUUUCGUUACGUCGCGCGAUGGUUCUCGAAAGGUGUACGAACAACGCGAACAGUGACGUCGCGGAAGUGAGCAUGCGCGCCGUUAUAUUCGCCGAACCCGGUACCAUAGUGCAACAUAACAACGAAACCGGUUUAUUACCGGGCGAUAAACUGUUGGAAGUUAACGGUACGCCUGUUGAGGGUAGAACGAGAGAAGAUAUCAUUGAUCUUAUAAAAGCGUCUGGCGAGAGCGUUACUCUAAAGGUUCAACCCGUGGCGGAACUAAGCGAGUUAAGUAGACGGUCGGGUUAUGAUGGGGGUGAAAUAAAUUUAGACGAUUCGAACAUACGCGGCGGCACUUUACGAAGGUCAGGGAGCAGACGGUUCAAUAAAACCGCAACGGCUAAAACCGAGGAACAUUUAGCGAACGAAAAAUUAUGGUUAGAAACAGAAAAAUUGUGGUUAAUGCACAGGGGUGGAUUUGCUGCUUCAAGAAGAGAAAUCGACGCCGAUCAAGAACCUGGAAAAGUAAAAUUAAGGCUAGAGGCUACUGGAGAAUUAUUAUCUGUCGAUGAAGAUGACGUUGAAAAAGCUAAUCCACCUCAAUUCGAUCGAGCUGAGGAUUUAGCAUCGUUACGACACCUGAACGAAUCAAGCGUGUUACACACGUUAAGGCAACGUUACGCUACGAACCUCAUCCAUACUUACGCCGGAUGCAGCACCAUGUUAGUUAUCAACCCGAUGGCGCCUCUUGCUAUAUACUCUGAAAAGGUGGUUUCCCUCUUCAAAGGGUGUAAAACAGAAGACAUGCCACCUCACAUCUACUCCAUGGCUCAAUCUUCAUACCACGCGAUGUUAUCUACGAGACGUGACCAAAGUAUUGUUUUUAUGGGUAGAUCCGGUUCGGGAAAAACAACGAAUUUCCGUCACUGCGUACAGUAUCUAGUUACGGCAGCGGGGUGCGUUAAUAAAGUUUUACCUUUGGAAAAACUAAGCGCUCUUUGGACUGUUUUGGAGAGCUUCGGAAAUUGCAAAACCGUAAUGAACACGAAUGCGACGAGGUUCACUCAAAUAUUCAGUUUAGAUUUCGAUCAAAGUGGCGUGAUAGCUUCGGCGAGUCUUCAAGUUCUGAUGUUAGAAAAAGUACGAAUAGCAAAGAAAAUAGAACAUGAAACGACGUUUCACAUAAUGCAACGUUUGCUUUCUGGAAUCGAAGGCAACCUUAGAAAAGAUCUAUUUCUUGAUAACCUUACUGGAAACGAGAACAAUCCAUUCAUUACGUUAUUACAAAAACACGAAGAUAAGCAACGAGCGCAGAUGGAGUUUGUCAAAGUUUGUAACGCCCUAAACGUUUUGGGAGUAACCGAAAACGAACAGAAAUUAUUAUUUUCUGUUUUGGCUGCCAUUUUUCAUUUGGGCUGUGCGGGAGCUGUUAAAGCUGGAAACAACAAUCGAUACCAAUUUGCUAACCCCCAAAGUGCCCAAAGAGCUGCUAACCUAUUAGGUACAACUGUAGAAGAAUUAUCAAGGGUAAUGUUCGGCUUAGCAUCGGGUGGAAUGUGUACACCUAACGCCCCAAGAGCUCCAUUUCGAACACCUUCUCCUACCGAUAAAGGUUUAGAUAGAGAAGCUGUUGGUCUAGAAGCCGUCGAGGGUGUCAUCAUUGGACUCUACGCGGAAGUUUUUAAUUGUGUGGCUUCGCUAAUUAAUAGAUCAAUAUCAGCAUCAACAUAUACAGUGUCUUCCAUUCUUCUAGUGGAUACGCCAGGUUUUCAAAAUCCGGCCACAUGCGGACGCCAAGUUGGAGCUUCCUUUGAAGAUCUUUGUCACAAUUAUCUCCAAGAAAGAAUCCAAUUAUUGUUCCACCAUACCAAUUUAGUAGCCCCGAAAGAUAGAUACCUACAAGAAAAUAUCGAAUUCACUUUUGAUGAAAAUGAAAACGAAAAUUUUAUCAAUCCCACACCGUUGGUUAACUUAUUGGACAAGACAGCUCAGAAUAGUAUGAUCCGAACUUCUCAGACUGAUUUACAUGAAGGGGAUAGACGAGGUCUUUUGUGGUUGCUAGACGAAGAAGCAAUUUAUCCUGGCUCUUCAGAUGAAUCAUUUUUAGAACGAUUGUUCACUCAUUAUAGCGAGAGAGACCAUCAGUUAUUACUCAGGAAAGCACCGGGAAAUUAUCAAUUUAUUAUCCAACAUUUACAAGGUACAAAUCCGGUUCUUUACUAUGCUAAAGGAUGGGUGAAGUAUAGUAGAGAAAAUCCAAUAUCGAGAGCGGCUGUAACACUAUUACAGGAAAGCUGCAAGGAGGAUCUAAGUGCACUAUUUGUUACUGUUCGAGGACUAGGUGCAUCAAGUUUCAGCGGUUCAAUUGUAGGCAUAGAUGGCUCUCAAUCAUUGCGUAGAGCCUCCAGUAUUAGAAGAACUUUCACAGGUGGUGCGGCCGGAAUUAAAAGGAAAAGUGUUUGCCUACAAACUAAAUUUACUAUUGAUGGCUUAAUCGAAACUCUAAGAAGAACAAAACUUAGAUUCGUCCAGUGUAUUUUACCUCAACAUAAUGCUGGGUUGUGCGAAUCUAACGCUUCUUUAUUGGCUGUGAAAACUACGGGACAACAAGAAGACGCUCUAAUAAAUGUUCCACUUCUUCGAUCGCAAAUUCGUGGAGGUCAAAUAUUAGAUUCGGUGAGACUGUACAAACAAGGAUUCCCCACUUUUCUACCAUUAGCCGAAUUUAGAAGAAAGUUCCAUCUUUUAACUGCAGAUUGCAAAGCUUCCGCACCCGUAUUAGACGAAAGGAAGGCCGUUGAAGAUAUGCUACUUGCACUCGAUUUGGAACUGUCUAGUUACAGAAUUGGUCUCAGUCAGAUUUUCUUCAGAAAUGGCGCUAUAUCUCAACUCGAAACUCAACGCGAUGAACGUCUCGCUGGUAUGGUCGUCCAUCUUCAAGCACACUGUCGCGGAUACUUGGCUAGAAAGAAAUUGGCGCAGAAGAAAUUACAAGAUUUAGCGGUGCGUUGUAUCCAAAGAAACGUUAGAAAGUUUAUAGCUGUGAGGGAUUGGCCAUGGUGGAGAUUGUUGGUGAGGGUUACUCCGUUGUUGAACGUUUAUAGAACGGAAGAGGAGCUUAAAAUCAAAACGAAUGAGCUUGAAGCGAUCAAACAGAAAUUGGAAAAAUUGGAAAGCGAACGAACAAAAUUGAAACACGAUAACGAUAAACUUGAAGCCAAGUUGUCUGAAAUGACGGCGGAUCUUGCAGAAGAGCAUUCAACUGCCACACUAGCAGCUGAGAGAUUAGACGCUGAAACCUCCGAACGUCUCAAAUUAGAAAAAGAACUAUCCGAAGUACAAAAUAAAAAUAAAGAGCUACAACAAUCUUCGGAACGACUAGAAAUCGAACUGUUAUACGCUAGGUCGGAUCUAAAUGGAAUUUCGGAAGAGGAUGAAGAUGGAGACGGCGAUGGAGGGGUCUAUAAACAAAGAUACGAAAGGGCAAUCAAAGAGCUCGAAUUUACGAAGAGAAGAUUACAACAACAACAUGAAGAUGACUUGGAACAGCUUAUUGGAUUGAAGAAACAAUUGGAAAAGAAAUUGGCAGACGCAUACGAAGAAGUAGAGGAACAACGACAAGUCGUAGGUCAAUGGAAACGAAAAGUUCAAAAAUUAAAUGGAGAAAUGAACGACCUUAAGCUAUUACUGGAAGAACAGAAUGGAAGAAAUAAUUUAUUAGAAAAGAAACAAAGGAAAUUCGAUUCCGAAACGCAGAUGUUGCAAGACGAGUUAAAAAAAGAAAAACAAGCUAGAGACCGAUUUGCAAGAGAAAAAGAAAUAUGCAUGGCCGAAAAGUAUGCCAUUGAAAGUACACUUGCAGAUAUAAAACUUGAGCUGGAACUUAAAGAAGAAAGACUUCUAGCUCUACAACGUGAAUUCGAUGAAGUAACUUGUAGUGGUAAGACUGAAGAAGAAGUCACUGUUUUAAGAAAACAGAAAAUAGAUUGCGAAAGAAGACUUCAAGAUCAGGAAGAAGAACUUGAUGAACUUGCUGGACAAGUUCAAUUGUUGGAACAAGCCAAACUCAGGUUAGAAAUGACUUUGGAAUCCAUGAGGAAAGAAGCUAAAAAAGAAGCCCAAAUGAGAGAUGAAGAACUCGAGGAAGUUCGAUGUAACGCCCACAAAAAAGUUAAAGCUUUGGAACAGCAAUUAGAAAAUGAACAUGAGGAACGUACAUUGUUAUUAAGGGAGAAACACGAAUUAGAGAGAAGACUAGCAGCAGCUGCAGAGCUAGAAAGACACGAUAGAGCUGGAGACGAAGCUCUUUUACAACGACUCAGGAGGGACUUGAAGAGAACAAAGGCUUUACUUAGAGAUACACAAGCUCAGCUCGAAAGGCAGAAAAGUGAAACUGCAGGAAAAGCUACAAUCCGCCAAUUAAGGAAUCAGUUAGAAGACUUGGAAUGUGCUAGGGCAGUUGCCGUUAAAGCGAAACAGAGCUUAGAAACGGAUCUUUUAGAAACGCAAUCUCUUCUGGAAGAAGCUCAUAAACAGAAACAAGAUGCGGAAGAACGCGCAAAUGCUUUACUUAGAGAAAAGGGUGACUUACAAACACAAUUGGAAGAAAACGAAGAAGAAUUAGCGGAAGUAUUGAAAAAAUUCAAGGGCACUGUACAGCAAAUGUCUUUAGAUCAAAUGGCAUUACAAGAACAGGUAUCAUUAGUUUCAGAAUUAGAAAUAGAACGAAAUCAUUUGAAAGAACAGUUAGCAGAACUUACCACCAAAUUAGAAUCUGUGGAAAGUAUGGGAGAAUCUUCAUCAAAUCUACUAGUAAGAAGGUCUGAAUUGAAGGUUAAAGAAUUAGAAUCAAAACUAGAAUUAGAACAAACCACCAGAUCAAGAUUGGAAGUACAGAUUAGCAGAUUAAAAGAAGCUGUUGAAAAGCUACAAAAUGAUGUGACGAAUGCUAAAGUAAAAGAACAACAAGCUCAAGAUCAAAUAAGAAAACAUCAACGACAAUUACGGGAAAUUAAAGAAGAAUUGAAUAAAAGUUUAGCUAAAGAAUCUGAAGUGAUCAUCAAGAAAAAAGAACUAGAGAAACGGUGCGAAUUGCUGGAAGCUGAGUGUUCGACUGCUAGGACCGACUUAAGAUUAGCCCUGAAGAGAAUCGAAGACUUGCAGUCCGCCAUUCAAGGAGAUUUGGAGGAUACAAUUUCAGAUAAUUCUGAUAGUGAGCAAGAAACCUACAGUUCUGAUGACUCAGUAAAUAAAUACUUAUCCAAUCACAAACCACUGUCUCCUAAAAUAGAAAAGAUGUCUGCUAUUGAUUCAAGAAGAUUAUCAAAUGUGAGCCGUUCUAGUACCUCCAGCAAUCUAGGGAAAGAUCCGUCGUUUACCUGAGUAGCAGUGAACAUCUGCAGAACCAUAUCAAUGACUUUCUGCAGAAAAGAGGAACCUGGUGAUAUCGAUAACGCAUUAGUGGAGUACGUUUGAUGCAUAUUAAUGAUUUAUUUUUGUUAUACCUUUAACUGUUUUAUUUAUAGAUAGGUAUCCCAAGAUUAUAAUUUGUUAUUUGUAGACAUUGUGAUAAGACUGAAGACGACAUUUAUAUUACCCAAGGUAUAUACCCACAUACUUAACUACUUAACUGAGAAAGUGAGCUAGUAGAACAUAUAUUGUAAGUUAAUAAACGUUAGAUUGAAAGUUUGCAAAAAACACGCAAAGUUCAUGUUAUAAACCAAAUUAAUAUUCAUCAUAGAUUCAAUUCAAUUAUUUAAUAAAACAAGUAGGUUUUAUUGAAUAAAUAUUAAUAUUAUGGCAUUAUUUUUGAUUUCGCCAUUCUUUGUAUUGGAUACUUUGACGCAAUUGUGGAGCUACCAGUAUAAACCAAUUUUUGAAUGUGCACAAUAAACAAUUUAUUGUUCUUUUCAGUCAAGUGUAGAAACUGUUUCGUUUUACAAUCAAAUAUGGAAAUGUUAUAUACCUAGACAAUUCAUAAUAAAUAUUACUAGUUCUCUUCUAUUCAAUAUAUUUUAUAUUUUAAAUGGAAAUUUGAUUCACGGUGACAUCGAAUUAUUUUCUCUUGUUACAAUUUAAUCUAUUUUGGAGACCUCUUCUGGUACAGCUAAUUUUUUUUACAUUAAACUUGAUAAAAAAAUUUACAGACAAAUUAUAUACCCGAUAUCGAUGCUAUAUUUCUGCUACAUAUGUUUUCAAAAAUAUCUACUUGUAAUAAACAUAAAAUGAUCACAUAGUUUGAAUUAUAGAAACUUUAAAAAUAGAGAUCAUGUCUUCGUAAAUAUUGUUUAAUAGGGUUAGGCUAAUAAUAAAUGUAAAUAGGCUUUUCUAAAUGUAAUUAAUUAAUGUAAUAUAUCGACCUGUAUUUAAUUUUUAUAGUCAAUGUAUCUAAAAUUCUACCAUAUUGUCUGUAAGAUAUAAAUAAAUGUUGUGAAAUUAAAACUGUUUAUAUAGAA